AUGCUUUUCAGUAUCAGUAUCACUUCCGACGUAAUAUGUCCCUUCUGUCUCAUCGGAGUCAAGCAGCUUCUGGGCGCUAUCGACGAAUUCAAAUCUACCCACCCCGAUGCCAAAUUCGACCUCCGUCUCCUUCCCUUCGAGCUCACCCCUGGCCUCAGCGAAGAACCCAAACCCAAACGGGCAAUGUACGAAGCAAAGUUUGGGAAAGAGAGGUCGGACGCGAUCUUGGCAAUGUUACCCGAAAAGUAUGCUGCAGUUGGGGAGACUGUUGAUCUCGAUGGCCAAAUCUCGUCCACCCACCACGCCCACCGCCUUCAGACUCUUGCUCUCUGCCGUGCUCCCGAGGCCCAGCUUCCCCUCGCCAUGGAAAUCUUCCGCGGCUACCACUCCAACGGCAAACACCCUUCCGACAAAGCCUGGCUCGCCUCUCUCGCUGUCAAGCACGGCAUCUUCCCCACGGAAGGAGAGGCGCGAGAGUAUCUCGAUUCCAACAAGUGUGACAAGGAGGUGAGGAAGGCGUAUGAUGUCGCGAGGGAAACGGGCGUGACGGGUGUGCCGUACUUUGUGUUCCAGGGCAAGUUUGCGUUGUCGGGUGCUAUUGGGCAGGAGAACUUUUUGCAGACUCUGGAGGAGGUUGCCAGGCGCGAGACGGUGCUCGAGAAGAACUCGGCGCCUGCUAUCAACUCUGCUCACGGCGAGUCUUGCACCGACCACUGCGAAGGCGACUCUUGCGCCGUCCCCACUACUGCUUAA